AUGAGGAUCUUGAAGAAGAUUGUCGCAAGCAGACCAGUCGUUCAUGGAUAUGCAACUGGGGUAUCAGCAGACCACACAGCUGUGCCCGGAAGGACGUCGCCCGAAAGUAUGGUAUGCAGGAACAAAUGCGAAGCGGUGAGACAAGCAGGACGAAGAGCACGCCGAAGAUGGUGUACAACGAUGCGCAGAAGGAGAAUACAGGAACGGGAAGGGAGAGUCGAAACAUCAACAGCGCAUCCGGCUCUUCCUCCGGCGCUAUGUCGUCGUCAUGAAUCGCUCGUUUAUGUACGCGAGAUGCGCCAUUGGGGUGAUUAUCGCCCGACAUAUAUGACGAAUGAUCGGUCCAACUCCCACGAACGCGCCCUUCUUUGCGCCCGACUUCGCUUGCACCUGAAGCCCUCGAUAAUACGGAGCCGUUCUCGUGAUAAGGCGAGGCAACCGACGCCUCUGGAGGCACCGAAGCCUGCCCCAAUUCCGGAUAUAGAUGUUCCCCAGUCUGCGGGGUUUGAUGUGAUAGGCUAUGCUGUCGUCGAGAAUGCCGCUGAGGCUGCUGGUAUUCAGGAUGUGAGAUGUGCAGGGAGUCGUCGAGAUAGUUAA